AUGAAUAAUGAAAUACUACUUGUCCGACCCAUCACGAUUCACAAGUCCGAAUCAUCAUCGUGUAUCAUUUUUCGACACCAACCAAAUACUGCGCUUGGAGAGACCGCCUUGGUUGGCUCUGCUUCCUUCGACCUUCGUUUUGUGGGUGGCAGGAUUUGGGAGUGGAGGUGAGAGAGGAUGUCGGGAAGGUUGCUGAAGAAAAUCCUGAAAGAACAAGAAGCGCAGCAGCUGCACCUGCCCCUGCCGUCGUCGGAGGACGAGGACUGUGAUUCCCAAUCGCCCGAUUCCAAGAAGAACCCCUUCGACCUCCUCGGCGACGACGAAAGCGACGACCAAGACGUCCCCGAAGCGGAAUUUCAAUCUGCUGCAGUUGAUGCCCAAUCAAGAGGAAACGCUGAUGAACAGGAAGAAACUCUGCUAGGAAGCACUCUUGAGGUGGUUUCAUCAUCCAACCAUAAACCAAGGAAAAAGAAGAAAAAGAGAGAAAAGAAGGAAUCUUCACACCACAAUGGACUUAAAAAAUCUGCUGACUUUGACCAGAUUCUGGAAAACUUAUCGAUAGAUGUAAAAAAUGAAAAUGAGCACAGAAGAGAUCAUCGCAGUGAUAUAAAAGAACAAGCAGUUUCUGUAUUACAAGUGAAUCAAAAGUACCUAAAUGCUGAAAUGGAGCUGCGAAGAAUUUUUGGGUCUAAGGUCGUUAAGUCGUUUGAAAGUAGUCAAGUUGGCAGUUCUAGACACGCACGUGGGGGAAGACGUGGAAGCCAUAAUACUAGAAAGACAAUACUUGUCACUCCAUUGGACCAUUGGCCUCGCUGGGAUGGAUCCUUGUCCAUGGAACUUUUGGAAGCAAGCGAUGGGCACAACCACCUUAGAUAUGUCCAGUCAUCAUCUUAUGUUCAAGCUCACAGGGCAUUCGAAGCUGCCAAAGCUAUUCAUGAUUUUAAUGCCGUAGCAAGUGUUCUGUUAUACCAUCCUUAUCACUUGGAAUCACUUUUGACAAUCGCUGAAUACUUUAAAAUUGUUGGUGAGCAUCAAACGGCAGCAGAUGCCAUUGGCAAGUGCUUAUAUGGCCUGGAAUGCGCGUGGCAUCCUCUGUUUCCUCCAUGGCAGGGUAAUAUCCAAUUGAAAUAUGACCACGAGACAAACCGGCCUCUAUUUAAGACACUUUUCAUACACAUGAACAAUUUGGAAAGGCGAGGCUGUCAUCGAUCUGCAUUAGAAGUUUGCAAGCUACUGCUUUCAUUGGACAUAGAAGAUCCUAUGGGGGCUAUGUUCUGUGUUGACUACUUUGCCCUGAGGGCAGAAGAAUAUUCGUGGUUAGAAGACUUCUCUGAAAAAUAUAAAAGCGACAACUCUUUAUGGUUGUUUCCAAAUUUUUCAUUUUCUCUUGCCAUCUGCCGCUUCUAUCUUGCGCAAGAGGAUCUUCAAAAAGAUGUGCAUGAUAAUGAUGCAAAGGCGUCAUCGGUUGAUCUUCUGAAGCAGGCGCUUAUGCUUCAUCCAUCAGUGUUGAAGAAACUGGUAACAAAGGUUCCUCUGAAGGACCAGUUUUGGUUAAAAACAGUCAAACAUCGGUUCUUUCGAUCAGAGCAUAUGGGAGUACCAUCCCUGGAUCACCUUAUUAAUAUAUACAUAGAGAGGAAUUAUCUCAUAUGGAGAUUUCCUGGUCUGCAAAAGUUGCUAAGGGACACUGUGGAGCUGGUGAUUGAAACAGUAGAAACUAAUAGAAGUGACGCAGAGGACUGGGCUUGUGUGAGGAAAGAAGCAUUUUCCUCUACCAAAAAUGAGUACGGUCAUCUCUUGGUUUCUGAUUUUUCUGAUUCCAUGGCAUCAAUUUCUCCUGAAAACAUGCAACAAUUUAUGGGUGAACCGGGGAUGGGAGGUGGAGUACAUGUUCAGGACCAAGUUGCUAAUCCAGCUGGCGGUGCACACGCAGUCCGCGAUGUAGCUGACAGGAGUGCUUUGGCUGUCCUAUUUGAGUCAAUCCUGCCUUGGGUUAAUUAUGGUGGAGAAGAUGGUGGUAGAGGUGAGGAUGCUGACCGCUUUAAUGCAAAUGCUCAGGACAAUGCAGACUGACUAAUUUUACUUCCGAAGGCAAAAGCAUAACGAGUUACAGAUUUUUUGAGCGCUUGUAGUUCUAUUAUCUUAAUAAUAUUUGAUAUUUCCUGAA